UUGUCUGAAGCGUUUUGAUAGAGAGGAAGUCGCCACGUGAUAACGAAUGUUGGUGUAAACUUACAUCAUGCACUUAUUCAUAAACUCGUUUUUUGAAAACAUCAUUCAUAAAGAAAAUUGUAUGAAUUGGUUUUAGUUCUGUUGUAGUUAGGGCCUUUAAUUUUUGAUUGCCGUAAUGUGCGAAUUGAAAUGUGUUGGGAUCAGCCAGAAUAAAUACUGGAACAAAUCAUUAUGGGAACUGAAAACGUGCAAAUAAAUUAUGAGCUAAAUGAUACAACAUUACAAAAUCUUCAAAACCAAAAUAAUGUCCAAGAAACCUCUACUUGGGUUGAAUGGGGUUACUGGUACUAUGUGAACGGAAAAAUUAUUAAAAAUGUCUAUGAACUUAGCAAAGUAGUAUCCCCGGAACAAACCAUUCGUCAGAUAGCUACCUAUACUGUAAGACCUUUAGCCAGAAAAAUCGAUGAGACUACAGGGUUGAACAAUGCAAACAUCAAAUUACUCGGUUAUGAAAUCCCGUGUUCUUUUUCAACGUUUGGAACAUUAGCAACAGAAACUUUAGCUAUGACAAUAAGUCCCGCACAGUGGGCCGCGAGUAAAACGUUCUAUUUAUUAUCGAGUUCUUUCGCAAGUGAGGUGAUAACUAAACUGGAUCUUCAAAAUCGAGGAGCCUUAGGAAGAGAAGCUGCGGCUGCUAUUCAAAUUGGUUCUACUUUAAUUGGCCAAAAAACUUUGGAAAAGGUAGAAAAAUAUGAAAUCGUAGGAUCUACGUAUAAGAAAGUUGACGGUAAACUUAAAAAUAUAUCCAAACCAAUUGAUACAUUUGUAAAUCAGCAAAUUUCAAAUGGAUUGCAAAAAUUAGGACUUGAUGCAACGCAGCCUUUAGGACUUACAAGAUUUGAUAUUGAGCGGGAAAAAAAGUUGAUUGCGUCUGAGGAGAAAGUGGCAGACAUAGAAGAGAAGAUGCAAGAUUUGAGAUUGCAAGAAGAAAAAUUACAAGAAGAAGUUGCUCAGCGAGAGAGGGUUUCUGAACAGAAUCAUUUAGAUGCAGAUAAAAUAAUUAAAAAAGUUCGGAAAUAUGAAAAAGAUUGUCCUGAGAGGAAAACUGUGGACAAGUAUGAGAAACAUAGAAAAUAUCAUAAAGUGUGGGCGAAACAAAUAUCUGAAGAGUUUGUUAGUGAAUUUAAUAUCUCAGAGCAACAGCGUAGUAAAAUUCAAGAAGAGAUUGUGCUUAAAUUGCAUAACAAACGGGACGAAGAGGCACAAAACAAAGCUAUGAAGAAAGCCAUCGAUAGUUAUAGAACUACGUUGCAAAAUAAAUCAAAAAUACAGCUUGAAGAUGUAAAGCGCGCGCAUACAAAUAUGCAGUCUAAACUUGAUAAAGCUAAACAACAGUAUGAGUCAGAAAAAUACAACUUUAACAAGGAGGCCAAUGUAUAUCAACGAAUUAAAUACAAAAAUGAACAACAGGUAAGGUAUAAAACAAGAACAAAGAACCAUUUAUCAUGCUCGAAUAUUUAUUCAGGUAAUAUACAGCUGACAAUUUCGUCUGAUGAAUUGAAAGAUUUAGAAAAUCGCAUCAACGAUUAUUUUGAAGAAAAUGGAUAUUUCAAAAGGAAUUUAAAUGACAGAAAUAUCAAAGUCUUUUUAAAUGGUAAGAUAAAUAUUGAUCGCGAUUCACUAGGCAAUUUAGGCUUGGUAGUACCAAUAAAAUUUGACUCAAAACGAAUGGACUUGAAAAACCUGAAGGGAAAAGUUACUCAAUUUAAAACGGAUUUAUUUUUCAACAUUCAACUUGCUGAUGGCUCACCGGAGAGAUUGAUUGACAUUAACAUUGAUGGAACGCACAAACUGAGCAAGAAGCCUUACUACAAAUUAUUUUCUACAUUUAAAGUAAUGAGGAUCGGAUCAAAAGCAAAUGAAAUAUUAGAACCUGAACUCGUAAAAGCAAUGGAUUUCAUACAAGAAAAAGUUGAUGAAGCUUUGCUUAAAGACAAUAUUUUAGAUCAAUUUAACGCAAAUCUACCGGAAGGGGUCAUUAUAAAGCCUGGAACCAUUAAUGUUAGGCCAAGGGUAGAUAUAAACUGCAAUCAAAUGUUCGAUAUAGAUUUCAAUGCUGAUUUCCAAUAUGAAAUGUCAGCUGAUAGCUUGAAAGAUGUGUUUACAGGCUAUUCAAUAGCUGGCUGUUGCUUUGAGCAAAUAUGUAACAUUGAAAUGACAAAUGGUAGAGUGAAAAUUGAAAUUCCGAUUUCGGGCGCAAUAAAUGGGAGAGUUGUUGGCAGCUUUGAUCUGUUUUAUUGCCCUGAGCUGCAACGUUUUUCAUUUAGUAAUUUAGAAGUUGCUUCGAAAAAUAAUGAUUCAUUACUGGUUAACUUUAUAAGUGGUGGUGUUAAUCGUCUUCAAAGCGUUUUGUUGGAACCUAUCGAGGGUUAUAUAAAUAAUAAUUUAGAAAAUGUUCGAUUAUCUGCAAUAAAUGCUGUAGAACAACGAUUACAAGAAAAAAUUCCAGGUAGAUUGACUAUUGAUGAGGAUUCUCUUAUUAUCAACAACAUUGAAUGUAACAAUAAUAAUAUUACUUUGGAUUUUUCACUAUGCUCCAAUGAUUUGUCCUUAAAUCAACCUAUGUAAGUUGACUUUCAAAGUAACAUAGAUAUGUUUGUUUUACUAAAUCUUACCAUCCAUGUAAAUUGACGUUAGUUAAAUUAAUUUUAAUGUUACUAGAGAUGCAUUGAUGCAUCUAGAAAUGUAGAAUAGUUAUAAUCUAUUGCAGGCUGGCCAUUUCUUUGACAAUUAUAAAUAAUUUUAUAUGAUAAAUAAACAUUAAAUUAAAUGUUUGAUGCUCUAAAA